UAAGUGACAGUUUUAUUGACGAUACGCAUUAAAUUUUAAUUUGACUUUAUUAUAAUUAUUUAUGUAUACAAAUUUUAUCGAUAUUAUUUGUUUAACCUAUAAGUUUGAAAGUAUUUGCACCUAGUAUUCUAAUAAGUGAUCUUAAUAAUUAUAUUAUAUCUUAUUUUGUCAUUAAACCCAUCUUCAAAUUAGUACAAAAUUUUAAGUCUGUUCUUAUUAUGUCGGACCCCCAAGAACAAAUCCGCGAAUGUGCAUCGAGAACAACAGCUGGUAGCCCAAGACUCCAACUGCCCAGCCCUAUUAUUACCAAAAGAAAUCGCACGGCCUCCACAUCUGCUAGAGCUUUAGAAAAUCCUCAGGAACUAGGCGUAAUUAAAUCCUUUUGUCGCAAUAAGGGUCAUGGAUUUAUUACACCACAGUCUGGAGGGGAAGCAAUAUUUGUUCAUAUAUCAGACAUUGAAGGUGAAUAUGUUCCUUUACCGGGUGAUGAAGUUACUUAUAGAUUAUGCUUCAUUCCACCUAAGCUAGAAAAAUGUCAAGCUGUACAUGUUCAGAUUGUAAAUUUAACUCCAAAGGUUCAUACAAAAUGGGACUGCCCUUGUCCAGAUUCAGAACAUAAUUAGAGAUAUAAAAUUUCAUAAAUCAAAUUCACAGACAAAUUUUAUGAAAAUGCCAUAGCCCUAUAGAGGUUUUUAGCCAUGUUUUAUAUAAUUGAAACCGUAAAUAAAUAUGUAUUUCAUGUGAGUAACUCCUAUUUACUUAAGUGUUAUGGAGACACUUGUGUUAAGUCCCUCACAUAAACAAAAUUUAAACAAGAUGAUAAAUUUUUAGUCAGUCUAUAACUUGGAGAAACCUAGUUGCUCUUGUCUGGACCUAACAUAAUGCAUUUUUAUUCUUAAUAUUAUUGCUAAUUUUUAUUAUAAGUAUGAUUAACAUAAUGCUGUUUCAAUCCAAUUUAAAUCGUAUUAAUAAAAUAAUGCUAAAUUGUACUUAAUACAU